AUGUGUGUUGUUCCUCAGGGCCAGAUUCAAGAGCUCACAGAGGAAAACACAACCCUGAACCAAAGGCUAAAAGCAGAGGAGGACCGGAGGAGGGAGCUGGCUGAGAGAAAUCAGGUAGGCCUACUGCCAACACCUCUCUCUCUAUUCACUCUUAUCUUACAGACCACUCCAAUAUCGUUCUAUGAAAGCAGUGUUAAACCGAACUCACACAGGGAUAUUUUUUACGGACAUGCUCACGCUGGGAAAAGAACGCAUGGGAGUUAAUGAAUGAAAAUAGACUGGCCGUGAGCAUCAACAGCGUCAUAGUGCGUCAAAUUUGAAAGCAAGUCUUUUUCUCGCAUCUACUGGACCAAUGCUGUUAAAAUGAGCUGAUAAAGUGUCCGAAAAUAGACUCUUUGUGCGUUGUUACGUCUGGAAUUGUCAAAUAUAUAGGAAAACGUGUCUGUUUAGUGUUAAGUUUAACUGACUGUGCCAUUAUUAUGUAUAGGCUCGUGCUAAUAUCUAAACGGUGUAGCAAUGGAUGAAUUCAACAACAUUCUAUACAUUCAUGAACUGGAUUGUAUUUCGGAAUUAUAUAUCACGUUGUCAAUGUCAUUUCUUGACUAUAUCACUGUUGUAGUUUACAGCCAAUUGGAUGGAUACAGUUCAAACAAAGUGCAUGGUUAGUGAGUGCCUUGGUUUAAAUUAAUAAUAUCUGGUCUAGAGAUUGAGUGGGUCAUUUGUAGAAAAGGAAUUAGAGAAUUGUUAUGAUCUUCCCUACUUUAAGCAGGCUUGUAGUUAAAACAUUUAUUGGGCUGUAGGCUAGGGUUUUCUGACAAAUAGGCUACUUAUUUGAAAACAAUAGCCUGCCUGUGUUGAUUUCGAUCAUAGGCAUAGGCUAUAGCCUAGGCAGUCUAUAGCUGGAUAACUCGAGGAAUGGGGUAGGCUAACUCCACUCCAAUUUCAAAAGAGAAUAUAACUAUUUAUUUUAGCUUUUCAUGACAAUUACGCCGGCAUUAAGUGACACACUACGUGGUCUAUGUGAAAUAAUGCUCCCUACUCUCGCAAGCAAAUCUGACGCCGUUGACGGGUAUCUCUCGAUGUGAUUUGGGCUUUAAUGACGCUAAGCAACAGCACUCCCUUUUUCAUAAUAUAAUUUAUGCCAAAGCAGAUGCGUUAAUCCAAAGCAAUUUAGAGUCAUGCAUGCAUAUAUUUUACAUAUGCGUAGCCCCGAGAAUCGAACCCACAAUCCUGGCGUUGCAAGUGCCAUGCUUUACCAACUUAGCCGUACAGUACCUCCCGAGUGUAUAGUGUGUUUUUUUGCAUUCAAAAUGGCACACUAUUUCCCAGCUGUGGAAAAAGUACCCAAUUGUCAUACUUGAGUAAAAGUAAAGAUACCUUCAUAGAAAAUGACUCAAGUAAAAGUGAAAGUCACCCAGUAAAAUACCACUUGAUUAAAAGUCUAAAAGUAUUUGGUUUUAAAUAUACUUAAGUAUCAAAAGUAAAUGUAAUUGCUAAAAUAUACUUAAGUAUUAAAAGUACAAGUACAAGUAUACAUCAUUUCAAAUUCCUUAUAUUAAGCAAACCAGAUGUCACCAUUUUGUUGUUUUUAGAAACAAAGUAUUUGCCUUUAGUGAGUCUGCCAGAUCAGAGCCAGUAGGGAUGACCAGGGAUGUUCUCUUGAUAAGUGCGUGAAUUGGACCAUGUUCCUGUCCUGCUAAGCAUUCAAAAUGUAACGAGUACUUUUGGGUGUCAGGGAAAAUGUAUGGAGUAAAAAGUAUAUUCUGUUUUUUAGGAAUGUAGUGAAGUAAAAGUUGUAAAAAACAUAUAUAAAGUAAAAUACAGAUACUCAGACUAUUUAUUAGUACUUUAAAGUAUUUUUUACUUAAGUACUUUACACCACUGCUAUUUCCUAUAUAGUGCACUCCUUCUGACCAGAGCCUCUUGUCAAGGCUCUGGUCAAAAGCAAUGCACUAUAUAGGAAAUAGGGUCCCAUUUCCAACGCAACCCAAAAGUGCUGUGUUAAAGCUUUUGGUCAUAAUGAGUGUUAAGUGGGUGCCCUUUUCUCUCAGCAUUCUGACAAUGUACAUGAGGGGAUUGAGAUAACGACCCCUGUACUGCCCUGCGUGCCACUCGAGUGGACUAUAAGUAGUCUGACAAUAACCACCAGGAUCAACCCAGUGACCCACUGCCGGCUUGCGACUGUGGGAGUCAUGGUGUAUAGUUAAAUACCACACAGUGUAUAGUUUUAUAACCAAUAAUUAAUUUUAAUGGACCCAUGCUGUGCGGUUCAAGGCAUUUACCAUUUAUGACAUGUAUUUUGUGCUAGGGCUUAUACAUUGUGGUGUUUCUGUCACCUACCACUCUGUUAAUUGAUUAUGGAUUUAUGGUUGUAUAACAGUUAUGGGCAGAGGCAAAUCUCAUCUGGAAUUACCACACUCAUACAGGCUGAAGAAAUAGGAUCUUUGUGAAGGAUUGGAAGUUAGAUGCUACUACAUUUGCCUUACAUAUGUUUGAUAGUUUACGACAAUGACUUUACAUAUUCUCUUCAUGUGUUUUAUAGUUUACUGAGUCUUAGUUAGACCUUGAGUGUUACUCACCCUCUUGUUGUGCCGUUCCAGAAAGACUCCCUGUAUCUGGAACAGGAGCUGGAGAGCCUCAAAGUAGUGUUGGACAUCAAGAACAAACAGCUGCACCAACAGGACCACAAACUCAUGCAGAUGGACAAACUGGUGAGCACCAUAGAUACCCCACCCACUCACUGUCAAUGACAUAUAGUUCACAGACAUCCAUUUUAAGACAGAAACAAUGUUGAUUUCAUCUGUCAUGUUUAAUGUUUUUGUUGUUUUUGUAGAUAGAGAAAAGCGUUAAGCUAGACGAAUGUCUUAUAAAGGUCCAACAGGAGAAUGAGGACCUGAAAGCCCGCAUGGACAGACAUGCUGCUUUGUCGAGGUAGAAUAACUGCUCAUUCUCUCUUUCUCCUGUAUUCUUAAAUCAAUCUGGGACUGGUUUGUAUGUGGGCUUCUAUGCAUCCAUGUGUGUUUUCUCCUCCCUAACUCUUUUCUUGACAUCCCUUUCCAGACAACUGUCCACAGAGCAGGUGAUACUGCAGGAGUCUCUCCACAAGGAAUCCAAGGUAAACAAGCGGCUGUCUAUGGAGAACGAGGAGCUCAUGUGGAAGCUGCACAACGGGGACCUGAACAGCCCCCGCAAGAUGUCCCCCACCUCCCCCUCGCACCACUCCCUCAGCCUCCAAUCACCUCGCAGCUCUGCUGUCUUCACCAGCCCCAUCCAAUCACCUCGCAACUCUGCAGUCUUCUCCAGUCCUCCCGUCUCACCCAGAUAA